AUGAGUCUCGCAGCACCCGUCAUUCGUGACGACUUCUCUUACGCCGGCGAUUCCUUUUCCGUCUCAGCAAGCGGCCACGUACAUCGUCGAUAUACGCUUCCAGAACUCAAAGCCCACUUCAAAGGGACCGGAACUGUUAAGGACCAUCCCGCCCACUGGUAUGAGGCCCAGCUACUUCAUUAUGGCCUCCCGAAAUCUAAGGUCAAAGGGACUGCUAAGCUGAGGCUUAUGGACGCCGUCAACGCUGGCACGAUUGCUGUACCGGCCUCAUUGACUGCCUUGGAGCGGGAAAUGAAAAAGGAAUGGACCAAAGCAAAUAAAUCUCUUUCAAAGCCAUCGGGAAAUUCAAAGGUUGGCGCGACCAAGAGGAAGGCAACUGAUGUGCAAGUCUCUUCUACCGGUGGAGCAUCUGUCAGUGUCUCCGUUACCGUCAAGCACGAAUUGGCGUCACCAUCGCCAGCGAAGAAAUCAAGAACAACAACGAAACCAGCCGCGAAAGUCCCGACUGUAGCGGCUAAAAAUACACCAAAAGCAGCUCCCCAAAGGAAGCCAAGCACUUCAGCCCCCUCUUCGUCCACCCCACGCAAGCAGACUGCCCGCCGCGGGAACUCGAACGUUGGCGGCCGGAUCAAGCAUGAACCCGACAUCAAAGAUGAGUUUGGCGACGAUGCUCAUUUUGGCUCUUCCUCAUUCUCGGCGUCUUCAUACUACGAUACAGCUCCUGCAGCUUCUCCGCCACCCACAGCUCGGAAACAAACCGCACGCCGCGCACGGCCUUUCCUCAGCGGCCGCAUCAGGCGUGAACCGGGCCUCAGAGAUGAGUUCAUUGACAACCCGUUUGAUCGGCUACAAGGACUCCCGUCUGGAGGCUUCUACCUCGAUGAAGCGGCUAAUGGGUUCCCGCCGCUCGGCUUUAUCAAUGGCCGUUAUGAACUUACCUUUAUGGGCGGUUCCAUGGGCGGCAGCGAAUGUGUCGAAGCGUAUCGCUGGCUAGUUUGUACCAUCGAAGGCGAUCGCUUAUGGGUUUCCUUCGACUUCGGAAUGGUGCGUGGUAUCAUGCGGAGGGAGACCCGACCUUGGAGGUCAGGGCGAGAGGGUCUGCUUUUCGAGUGGUGCGGAGAGAAGCCAGACGGACAGACUCUCGAUGACUCUCACCGGGCGGCAUUAGCAUUUGUCGGCGGUGGAGUUAUUGAGGGGAUCGUUGAAUUUGGCCCCUGGACCUACAAGUUUACUGCGCAGCGAGUGAGUGGACAGACCACAAGAAGCGAGAUUUCUGCCAACCAAAUGUGGGAUGAAUGGAACGGCCGGUGUUGGCGGAACUGA